ACCACUGGCGCCGCGUCCCGACAUUAAUUUAUUAACAGUAAUAUGAACGGACGUGAACUUAUAUUAAAAAGGUUUUUUACUUGAACUCACGCGCGGGUCGAGACCAUUGACGGUCGCAGUACUCGUAUCCCCAACACUCUUCAGUUAUAAAUACCUGUCCGCGGUACGUUAUGCGCUAAGUUGAUGUUCGUGCCGCACGAAACGUACAAUAUGAUGAAGACCCCGAAGAAUUCCUUCGCGUCCGCCACGACCGUUUGCCUCGUACUUGCAGCGUACGUCGCGUUCGCAUAUGGGUACAUAUCAGACAUGCAAAACGAUAAGACCAGUCGUCUCACUUGGUGCACGAUCAAUGCCCAGGAACAAUCAAAAUGUUUGAACUUGUCGGCAGCUGUUAACAGAGACAAACAGAAAUUCAACCCCAAGUAUUUCAUGGAACUCGUUUGCAAACAGGGAGUCAAUAAAGAUGAUUGUAUGACAAUGUUAGAUAAUAGUGCGGCUGAUAUAUUAAGUUUAGAUGCUGGAGAGGUAUUUGUUGGUGGUCGAUACAACAGUUUAAUACCAAUAAUGCAGCAACUAUUUGAAGAUGGUUCAACUGAAUAUUAUGCAGUUGCUUUAAUAAAAAAGAAUACAUUGAAUGAUGUAUAUAAUCUUGGACAUUUGAAGGGUAAAAAGGCUUGUUUUGCUGGUGUAGGCACUCAAGCUGGUUGGAAUAUACCAAUUAAUACUCUUAUUUCCAAAGGCUUUAUGAACAUUUUUGAUUGUAAUAACCAUGUGAAAACGACUAUAGAAUUUUUUGGUCCCAGUUGUGCUGUAAAUUCAUUACUUGACAAAUACAAUCCAAUGGGAGAUAAUUCAGACCGUUUAUGUACUAUUUGUGCCAGUAAAGUUUCUGGUCAAAAAUGUACAUCAAGUGAUCCAUAUGCUGGUGAUGAAGGAGCAUUUAGAUGUUUAAUUGAAACUGGUGAUAUUGCAUUCCUACGACAUACAACUGUGUUAGAAAUGCUCAAUGAUCAAUCAUUCACUAAAACCAAAGAAAACGAUUUAGAAUUGUUAUGCCUGGAUGGUUCAAGGCGACCAAUAAGUGAAUAUAGAAGUUGUAACUGGGGACCAACUCCUACUGAUGCUAUUAUGACAACAUCUGCUAAAAGUUCUUCAGCUCGCAUUUCAUUCCAAAAAUGGCUUCAGAAAAUAGUUGAACUGUAUGGCAAAUCAAAACCAUCACAAUGGCUGACAUCUACUCCCAUUUCCAACUGGGAAUCUGGUCAAUCUGAAUUCCUAAGCAAUACUCAGAAUACUCAGAAUAUUGAUAAAAACUUCUAUUUAUUUAAUUCUUCAGCUUAUAGCAAUCAUCACAAUCUUUUACUGCAGGAUUCAACAAGAGGCUUACGAUCUUUAGAAGAAUCUCAACAAACAUAUGCAAAAUAUUUAGGAAGGUCUAUGGAUAUUGUGCUAGGAGUUCGUUACUGUCCUGCUACUCGGAUGACACUCUGUGUAACAUCUGAUCCCGAAAUGGAGAAAUGUAUUAAAAUGAAGAUGGCAUUAAAAGUUCAACUUCUGGUACCUGAAAUGCAAUGUUUCCGAGGUUACAGUCAAGUGCAUUGUAUGCAAGCCAUUAGAAAUGGAAAUGCAGAUGUUGCAGUUAUGGAUGCUGGUGACAUUUAUACUGCUGGACUUGAAUAUGAUGAAAUACCAUUUAUUACUGAAAUGUAUGAUCUACCCGAACCAGAAUAUUAUGUUGUGGCAGUAGCUAAAGAAGAAGAUCCUAGUACUGAAUUGACGUACUUAAAAGGAAAAAUGACUUGCCAUCCUGGUAUUUAUUCUGGUGGUGGGUGGAUUAUACCAAUGGCAUUUUUAUUGAGCAAUGGUUGGAUGCGAAGUUAUGGUUGUGACUCAAUACAAGCUGCAUCAGAGUACUUUAGCAAAUCUUGUGUUCCGGGUGCUUUGAGUAAUGAAUAUAAUCCAGGUUUACCUUAUGAUAAUCUAUGUCAUUUAUGCAGAGGUGCCAGUUACCGUUACUGUAAACGAGAUGCUACUGAAGACUUUUAUGGUUAUACAGGAGCCUUAAGAUGUUUGGUUGAGGGUGGUGGAGAUGUUGCUUUUGUAAAACAUACUACAGUGUAUGAAAAUGCAGAUGGUAAACGUAAACAAUGGUGGGCAAGAAAUACAUUAAGUUAUGAUUUUCAGCUUUUGUGUCCUGAUGGUACUAGAGCAUCAAUUAAUGAUUACAAAAGAUGUAGCAUGGGUAAAGUUAAAGCGAACGCUAUUAUAACUCGUGGUGGUGAAGCUUACAAUCACACCGAAGUAAUGGCCUUCACCAAUCUGUUUAUGGCUGCCCAACAAUUGUAUGGCAGAAAAACUAAUGAUGAGUUCACAUUCAGUAUGUUCACAUCACCAGAACCUUACAGUGAUUUGAUCUUUCAAGAUGCCACUCAACAGCUGGCAUCUAUUGAUAGCUCAUUAAGACAUUACUCUGACUGGCUAGGACAAAAUUUCAUGCGAGCCCGUCGUCUUGUUGAUUGCCGUGCAGCUGGUACUAUAUCGUUACCAAUCAGUAUUACAACCAUGUUAAUAUCUGUAUUUUGUAUUUAUUUGUGGUUCUAAUUUAUUAGUACUCAAUCUAUAAAAAAGUCACAGGAAUAUUAGGAAGGAGCAUUUAAUGUUUUGAUUGCUCAUAAUUUAAUCAUUGACACAAUCUGCACUUGAUUACAGGAAAAAUAGAUCCGUCCAUUUUAUUAUUUUUAAUUUUAAGAUUUUACUGAUUAAAUGUAAGACUAUACUAAAAUAAUUUUACCAAGGCUUUGCAACUAAAAUAACUGAAACUGUUAUUAUCCAUAAAACAUAUUCAAAAAUAAUUGAAUUAACUAAAAUUCAGAAGAAUAUA